AUCCGCCAUCUCCCCCCCUCCUUCUCUCUCUGAACCAUCCUCCGCGGGAACACGCCGUCUCCCAGAUCUCGUCCUCGCGCCCCGUACGUCCGAGCCUCAUAAAUCCGCGCCUCUCCCCGGUCCGCUGUCCCCGGAAUUUCGAUGCCCGCGGGGCUCCACACCGCCGUCUUCUCCUCCCCCUCCCUCCUCCUGCUUCCCUUCCACCAAGCCUGAAAAUUUUAUCGCAUUUCUUUUUUGAAGGGUAAAUUUUUUAUUGCAUUUCAUCUGCCAGAAUUUCUACUUCUCGUGAUUUCUCUGCUGUUGUAUCUUUUUACAUCGUUUUUUUAUCAUUUUCCUGUAAUUUUUUGGUGUUCCUUUUAUACCUUAUAUCCGAUAAUAAGUAUACUACUUUUCAGGGGACUCUGUACUAAUUUUUCUAUAUCCAGUUUUCUUUCUCCAGUUUUUUAAAAGUAUCGAAUCAUCCUCUUUUUAGUUUUUUCGCAUAAUUGUUAUACAUAAUUUUUAAAUUCGCAUCUUAUAUUUCAGGAAUCUUUCCUUCGGAUCUCGUAGUAAUUUCACAGUAAUUGCGACCAUUUAUUUAUUUAUUUAUUUAGAAUAUAUAAAUAAAAUAGUGAAGCGAAUCAGAUCAGUUCAAGUUGUCCGGUCUCUGAGAGAGAAUGGCGGAAGGGCCGGCGGCGAAUCCGGUGCUCCAGAAGCCGCCAGGCUACCGGGCGGAAGGGCCGGCGGCGAAACCGGUGCUCCAGAAGCCGCCAGGCUACCGGGCGGAAGGGACGGCGGCGAAACCGGUGCUCCAGAAGCCGCCAGGCUACCGGGACCCCGCGGCGCCGCCGGUAUCGGCCUCGAAGCCCCCGCCACGGCGGUCGCAGCUGCCCCCGACCUUCCGGCACCCCGGGAAGGCCCCCCGCCGCCGGCGGUUCUCCUGCUGCUGCCUUUGUUGCUGGCUCCUCGCCGCCGUCCUCGCCCUUGCGUUCCUCCUCGCCGUCGCCGGCGGCAUCGCCUACCUCUGGUUCCAGCCCCGCCUACCCUCCUACCGCGUCCAGUCCGUCCAGGCCUCGCGGUUCCUCGUCGCCGCCAGAUCCGACGGCACCUUCGUAGACGCCACCACCGCCGUCCGGAUCCUCGCCUCGAACCCUAACGGCAAGAUCGGGCUCGCGUACGGCAACGGGGUGGGGCGGGUGACUGUGGCGGACAACGACGGCGAUGUGGAGGUGGGGACGGCGGCGAUCGCAGGGUUCGAGCAGGGGAAGAAGAACGCAACGGUGGUCAGGUUCUCCGCAAGCGCGAAGGGGGUGAUGGUGGACGACGCGGUAGCGUCCAGGCUGGAGGCCCGCUUCCGGAGCAAGGAGAUCCGGUUCGCUGUCGAGGUCCGGACGAGGCUAGGGUUCCGGGUAGUCGGUAAGACUACCGGGAAGUUGCCAAUCCGGGUUCUGUGCAAGCCGGUGAGUUUAAAACAAGUUGAGCGAGGCCAGACACCGCCUGAGUGCCGCAUCAACCUGUUCAGAUGGAUUAAUCUACAUUGAUCGGUCAAGGAAGGACUCCAAAUUAAAUGUCUGAAAGUUCUGGCCUUCGGUGUUGUAUAGUUAUUGGAUACGAGAACCUUGGCAGUGGGAAGAAGAGAGGGACCUCCAUGUGGUUUCAAUUUGGUUUAUUCACAGAAAACUCGUGUCCAAAAAAAUAACUAAUUUUCUGUGAGAAGCCUAUUGGAAGCUUGUGGUUUCGCUUUGAUGAAUGCCAUUUUUUUUCUUGUAUAAGACACUGUAUUAUUUUUCAAAAGCUGUGAUCUAAAUAAGGAUCUGGUUGGAUUUAUUCUUGAGGAACCCUCUAAAUGUGACUAAUAAAAAUUUUGCACGCCGGACGGCUGUUUGACUCUA